AUGUCUAACAGAACAUCAGCCACAUGCAAAACUGGAGCAAACUAUGAGCAAGACGAUGACGCAUCAAACACAGAUCAGCAGAAGCCGCCCUUUGUAGUACGUGAUCGGUACUUUCCAACAAAGACGCCACGUCCUAGUAGAAAAGACGAUAUGCCAUUAAAUCAGUCAAGAUGUUCACAACGUUCUUUAAGCAAUCUUUCUCGUAUUUUACCGGCAACUAAUGUGGAUUGUGUAAUUUCGAGAGGUAAUGUGAAUAUAAAAAAUAAUCAGCGAUCAAACUCACAAACAAAACGCCCACGUUCGAAUUCAAGGGUCAAGUCUUCCAAAGCUAUGGGAUUUAAUUGUAUAGGUUCCAAAUCUACUAUUGAGCAACUGAAAGAAAAAAUCAGGGGUUUAUAUGACAAAGACAUACCCGAAGCACGCAAUAAUCAUGAGUUUCUCAUUGUCGAACAAAACGCAUUAAUUGAACAGCUUGAUGAAGAUGAUGAUAGGAGACCUAUCUGUGAGGCAUUGCUCAAGGAGCUCAAAGAACAAUUGAAUGCAUUCAACGCAAUUGUAUCAAGUUUCUCAACAUGUAACACAUCGAAUUUAUCCGAAGUCCAACAUCAUUGGAAUAUUUUGAAUCGCGAAAUUACACGACUUGAACUUCAUUUACCCAUUUACGCGCGACAUCUAGAUUUGAUUGAUCCAAAUAUUUAUGGGCGUGUUCUUAUACUAAAAGCAGAUACCGGGUCUGGCAAGAGUACACAACUAGUUCAAUAUUUAGCUGAUGCCUUGUUGGCAACACAAGGACAAAUUAUUUGUACUCAACCUCGACGUUUAGCUGCACGAGCAUUGGCUUCUCGAGUUGCUGAAGAGUUCGGAUGUAAAUUAGGCGAAGAGGUUGGCCUUCAUAUUGGCGUUAGCCGUGCACUAGUAUCAGCCCGAACUCGAAUUCGCUUUGUAACUGAAGCCGUUUUAUUAAAUGAAUAUUACAAUGAUCCUAUGUUGACAGCCUAUUCGGUAGUCAUAAUCGAUGAAGCUCACGAACGAAGAAUCGAUACAGAUUUACUCUUAGGCGCGAUGAAAAUAUGUUUGAAACAACGCAAAGAUAUUAGGUUGAUCAUCAUGUCUGCUACUUUGGAUGAUAAACUAUUAUGCAACUAUUACAAUGAUGCCUGCUUCAUGAAUAUUCCCGGGCGAACUUUUCCAAUAGAAGAUGAAUAUGCGAGUGAAGAUCCUGAAGAUUAUGUAGAUGCAGCCAUUAAAAAGACUUUUGAAAUUCUUGCAAGUGAACAAUCGGGAGAUAUUCUUGUCUUUCUCACAGGACCCGAAGAAAUCUAUCGUGCUAUCAACCAAAUCAGUUCAAAUGUUAAACGCUACGGUUCGAUUCUUCUCCUACCGUUGCAUGGUAAAUUAAAUGAAGAGGAAAUGAACUUAGUGUUUAAAGCAUCUCCUAAUAGAGAACGUAAAAUCAUAUUUGCUACUAAUGUGGCUGAAACAUCCAUAACUAUUGAUGGAAUUCGUCAUGUGAUUGACUCUGGUAUGGUCAAAGAAAUGAUGUGGGAUCCACAAAGCAAAACGCGAGCACUAAAAGUAGGCUAUACUACGCAAAGUUCUGUCAUGCAACGACGUGGCCGAGCUGGACGAACUGCUAUAGGAAAAUGUUAUCAUUUGUACACAAUCGAUACUUAUGAAUCAUUGGAAGUGUGUCCUCGAGCUGAAAUUCUUUGUAUUCGACCUAGUAUAGCUGUUCUCAAAUUAAAAUAUCUUGGCAUAGGGGAUGAUGUAUCAGAAUUCGAUUGGUUGGAGCCACCUACUAGAGAGAGUAUUCAAGAUGCGGUCGAUAAUCUGAUGGCGCUGGGUGCUCUCGAUCCGAAAACAAAAAAAUUGACUGAAAUCGGAUGGACUAUGGCAAAACUAGGUCUUGAGCCCAUGCUUUCGGCCAUGAUUUUAACUGGAGAAAAAUAUAACUGCCUCAGUUAUGUGCUAGCUCUUGCAGGUAUGCUGCAAAUCUCACAGAAUGUGUGGUGGCGCGGUAAAGAUGACGAGUCGAAACAAUUGGGAGAAGAAAUACGAGCCCGGUUUGCUCAAGAUUUGAAUAUCGGCGGUGAUCAUAUAGCAUUACUUCGUCUGUAUCUUGAAUGGAAUGCUUUGGGUGACGAUAGAAGGAAUAAUGAAAAAUGGUGUCGUGAGCAUAUGAUUAACGGAAAAGCAAUGAGGAUGACAGAUAAUUUCAUUCGAGAGAUAGCAUAUCAAAUGAAAUGUAAUUUUAAAAUUGAGUUGACCAAGCUGAAUGACGAUCUAAUUCAACGAAUUUUGCGCUGUGUGUGUGCCGGCUUCUUUCAACAAUUAGCCAUAACCAAUGGAAAUCUUCGUGCUGGCUAUAGACUGAUAAAUAAGUCUAGUAAGACAUUUGCACGAGUACAUCGAUCGUCUACACUGACAUUCGUUGAAAAAACGCCAAAGUUUAUAAUCUAUCAUGAUAUACUUAUCAUCAAUGAAACUACCUAUUUGACGGCACUGUGUCCAAUCGAUUUCGAUUGGCUAGAUAAGUCUUGGUUAGCCACCAUGCCGCAACUGACGCUUCAAACUGUUAUCAAAAGUCACGUCUUUGAAAAUCUUGGGCCAGCACUUUUGCUUUCAAUUGUCGGAAAGAAAUGUCAACAUAGACCAUGGCUUGAAGAAUCGUUCAAUGUACUCCUUGAUCCAAACUAUGAACAAUCACGAAUUACAAUAUGGGGCGAACAGAGAAUGCUUGCUAAUGCACAACAACAUCUCGAACGAAUUAUAGAUCAAGAACGAGGAAAACUUCGUACUGAAGUAAAAGAAUAUCAAAUUAUUGGAUCGACCAGAAUUUUACUGGGGGCAGGUGGUCAAACUGAACUGGUUCUGGUUAAAGACGAAUAUGUUAAAGUAUUGCUUACUCGACUACCACCAAAUGUCACUGAAAAGCAAAUUGAAGAAAAAUGUCUUCCGUAUGGCAAAGUGCGAAAUAUUGUUAUACUUCGAAGAAACCAGAGUGGAAGUCUAGCUUCGGUCACUUUUUACUCAUGUGACAGUGCUCGAUCAGCAGUUACUAAUUUGUCGCAUCAAAUAUGGGAUGGCAGAGAAUUAAACGCGAAUCCUAGCCAAAAAAAUGUGUCAAUUCAUACAGGAAGACAAAACUGUAAAUUGAAAGUUCAAUGGUUUAUGACGAAAUCUCAAUGUUCGGCACGAGUACAAUUCAGUCAACAGGAAGCAGCCUUUAAAGCUCUUGAAUUCUUCGAAGAAACACGAAAAUUUCGUUGUCGCAUUGAACCAAUUACAAGUAAUCCAACAAUUAAAUGUUCUUGCUCAUUAGCGGUGCACACGGGUAAAGGCAUGAUAUUUUUUCAAACUGCUGAACAAGCUCAGAAAGUACUUAAAUGUGAUAAUUCAUCUCCGUUUCAUCUCCGAAGAAAUCCCAAAGAUGAUUUAUCUCUAUGGAUAGAAAACGUACCGGCAAAUCUGGAUGAAUAUGAUUUAAAAAACAGUUUCAUUAAUAUUACUGGAGUGACGUUGCAGCGAGGUUUCCGCAGAAUAGCACUUGCACAACUCAGUGUAAUUGAAGAUGAACUUCGUCGACUGUUCAAUUCAUAUCGAUCGUUUCAACGUGAAUUAGUCGCUGUUAUGCCACAAUCUAAAAAGGGUGUGCUAGAAGCGUAUGUUCAAUUUACUGAUGAACGAGAUAUGCAGACCGCUAUUGAGAACCUGAACAACAAGCCAAAUUUAAUUGGUUCAGGCAAAUUGAGACUUUCAGUUUACAAAUAUCAGUUUCCAAAGAAGCCGACUAAAGUGGCGGAUAAAUCAGCAUUUCUUAUCAAGCUCUACCAGUUAAAAGCUGACAUUGACGAAGAAGUUCUCAUUCAAGAUCUCAAUCAGCAUCGUUUGGGUGAUUACAUAAUAGAUGUUAAUGUUUUUCGCGAAUCAUUACCAAAAUAUCCAUCUCGAGACGCAUCAGAAACUAGGUCUGAAGAAGAUGAAAUUAACCUGAUUAAGCUGCAAUCUCUAUUCAGUGAUCGUAGAAAGUUUCGUUCUGCGCCGGAUAUUCAAAUUCGUCCAGCUACAAACGAUGGUCGCGUUGUGGCAUUCGUUCUGUUUGAUCAUCCUAGUGAUGUUAUAACGGCUAUGCACAUGUAUGAAACACCAGACGAUCCUAACCUUUUGAAAUUUGGCGAUUAUAAAAUGCGGUUAAUACCAAUAAUUGAUCAUACCAUUGAGCUUAAUGCAGCGCUAACUCGCGCUAUACCAAAACAAAUUGAGCACGCCAUUGAAACGAUUAAACGCGACCCGAUAUUAUCAAACAUAGCUUUAAUUAAAAAGAUCCCGCUAAAGAAUCAACAAGAGAUUACCCGAAUUUCAAUUAAAGGAGCCAGCAUUCAAAAAAUUUAUAAAGCUCGUGCCAUCUUCGAAGAAUUGAUGAAAGGUCUAAUAUUCAAAUUUGCAGAGCCUUCAUGGGUUUCAGUUAUUUUUGAUGUAACGGGUAAAACGUUUCUACAGAAGGUUCAGGACCGCACCGGUACAUAUAUUUGGUGGGACUGGAGGUCGACAUUCUUGAGAAUUUUCGGUAACGACCAAGCCAGUAACAAAGCCUAUCAAGAGAUUAAUGAUUACAUUCACGAGACACUUGAUCAAAACAAGUAUUCAGUUCCUAUUCGUAUUCCAGAAGGUUGCAUCCGUCAAUCUAUUGAGCAAUCAAGCGAACUCCGUCGUAUGGGCAAUGAAGAAGUUAAAGUUACUAUUGAUGUAUUAAAGCGUCUCAUUAUUAUCAAUGGAGAUAAAAAUAAAGUACUCGAAUGUGAGCGAAAAAUAAAAGAUCGGCUUGGCAGUUAUUUACCAGAAUAUGUUCAUACUACUACUACUGCUGCUGAUUUUCAACAUUUGGCGAUACCAACCAAUGAAGAACGUGUAUGCUCUAUCUGUUUAUCUGGCUUCAAGUCGCCAUACUACUUACAACCAUGUGGGCAUACGUUUUGUCGAUUAUGCUUACAAAAUUAUUUUGAAAACAUUUAUAACACAGAUGCUUUGCAUUUAUGUUGCCCAUUAGACACGUGCAAAGUGGAAUGUGUCAUUCAGGACAUUGAAGCUAUACUUGGCUUUGAAAAAAUGUCUUGUCUAGCUAAGAUUGCUUUUCAAAUUUAUAUUGGUCGCCAAGAAAGUGAUCUCAGUCAGUGUAUUGGGAACAAUUGUGAUCAGGUAUAUCGCCCAUCACAAUAUUCCUCGAGUUAUCACUGUGAUCAAUGUAACGAAAACUAUUGCAUACCAUGUAAAGUUGAAUAUCAUUUUGGUAUGACCUGUACACAAUAUAAACAACCUGAGCGCGAACUAAAUCAAAAAUUUCUCUCGACUAACAAUUGA